GUGUUGUUUCCGCGCAACCGUGCCUGCCGCUCGUGCGGAGCUCCGCACAUGCAGAAUUCUGUGAGAGGGGCCUGACGAAUGGACUGGUCUGUGGGGGUUCUUGGAGCGGAUGGACAAAUCUACUGUGUGCCUGACACGGCGAAUGAGGUUCUCCGCUAUGAUCCCAAGACCAGGCAGUCAUCCAGAUUUGGAUCGGAUGUAAUCGACGUUGGGACCCACAAGUGGUCUGGAGGAAUUCUUGCGCCAGAUGGCAAGAUCUACUGCGUUCCUUGGACCCAUCCACAGGUGCUUGUGAUAGACGCUGUCCAGUCAAAGGUGUCUUUUCUUGACACAUCUGCGGGAUCAGGAUGUGAGGCUGCUUCUAUGGCAGAACACAAGUGGCGCGACUGCGUCUUGGCGAGCGAUGGCUGCAUCUACUGCGUGCCAUGGACCGCCGAGGCAGUUCUGUGCAUCGACGUCCAGGCUGGUCGCGCCAGCUGCUUUGCCGAGCUGCCCCAAGGCGAAAGCAAAUGGGCAGGCGCCGCUGUGGGCUGUGAUGGUCGCAUUUAUUGUGCUCCCUACGAUUCCUGCAGCGUGCUGUGCAUCUCGCCGCGCGAGAAGAGCGCCAUGUUGCUGGGACACUUCGGGUCGUUGCGGCGCAAGUGGCGCCCUGCCAAGCGGACAAAUGCUUUGCAGCGCCGAGUUUUGCGCUCGAGGCGAGGGGCUGUUGCCGCAAAUGGCUACAUCUACAUGGUGCCGUGCAACGCCUUGGAGGUGCUGGCGGUGGAUCCCCGCCAGGUGGUCCAAAUAUCUGCGGCGCCAAGGCCUGAGGUGCACUCGGACUUGACCUGGGCUCAAGCCACUGCCCGCCGCCUGGCUUUGGGAAUGGACGAGGACGAGGAGGAGAACGAGGACGAGGAGAAGGAGGCCAAGGAGAGCGAUCCAGGCGAUCCACGCCUGCCAGCUGGUUUUCUGAAAUUCGGAUGGGUCGGUGGAAUUCGUUGCAAGUGGCGCGGCGGUGUCAUGGCAAACGGCUACAUCUUCUGCGUGCCAGAUUGCGCAAGCGAGGUACUAUGCAUUCGUCCAGACACUCAGGACGUGAUCUGCUUUGGGGAGGUGGGCUCUGCACGGUGGAAGUGGCGUGGCGGGGUGCUGGCUGCUGAUGGCAAGAUCUAUUGCGCGCCGUACGAGCCCCACGAGCCCACCCUCGCCAUCGACCCGGCGAAGCUCGGGGUGGUGGCCAUGCCCGCCUUCGACGGCAAGGGCCUCCAGCUUCCUGGCUUCGUGGAAUCCAGCCAAGGCGAAGUGCUCCCCGUUCCGCUUUAGCGCGAAAACAGCUUUCCCU